AUACAAUAAUACAAUAAUUAACAAGUAACAACCAUCCAAACAAGCCCUCCAAGAAAAGAAAUGCUUCAACACAAAGAAAUGUACAACAACUUCACUUUAUGAAAAAUUUCUCAAAUCUACAAAAUAAUUCAAGAUUUAAAGUUGGGUGUUCUUGAAUUCCCAAAAUGGAAAGUGGAUUCACAGCAGAAGAUCUUUCCACAAUUGGAGGAAUAGCUACAGUAUCACUCUUACAUUCUUUUAUUCCAACACAUUGGUUGCCUUUUUCCAUUGUUGGUCGUGCUCAGAAAUGGACUCUUUCUCGUACCCUUCUUGUCACUGCAUUUGGAGCAGUAUUACAUGUAAUAUCCACUUCAAUUCUCGGCAUAACAGCAAUAACCAUAACAAACACAAUUGCUGGCGAGGAAACAGUGCACAAACUGGCGUCCCUUUUGCUUAUAGUUCUUGGUGGUAGUUAUAUCAUUUUGUUCCUUUGUGGAAAGGGCGGUCACAGCCACUCACACAAUCAACCGAUGGAGAAAAUGGCUGUAGCAGGGCUCGUCCUUGUUCCUGCUUUGUCGCCUUGUGCAACAACUCUCCCUGUGUUUCUUGCUGUUGGAAAUUCAUCCUCUAUGAUGGUGCUUGCCAUCUUAGUUCUGUUAUUCAGCACCAUAACUGUGAUGACCUCGCUGGUGGCUCUAUCAUUUUACGGUGCAAGUCAACUCAAGUUUCACUGGGUGGAACGCUACGACAAGCUCCUCGUAGGUUCAGUGCUAAGUUUGGUUGGUAUUUUGACCCUUCUUUUCCACCAUCACGAUCACGAAGUAGGAGGUCAUGUGCACAGAAAACUCAUUGUGCUAUAAGAGAGGAUCAUUCUUCAGCCAACAUAUCUGUUUUGUGAAGCUUUAAAAUUUCAGUGCAUAUUUUCCUUAAGAAAAGCAAUGUACAAACGCACUUUAUUUUUUGGUUCCAAUUGUGUAUUAAUGAGUGCUCAAGUUUAUGACUAUUCUGUUCAACAAUUUUCACUAGAAUUAGUAACCAGCUAUAUUGCUCGGACCUUCCGUAAAUGUUGUUGCAUCCGCCAAUAUAAGUAUCCAGUGUGUUUCAUGUU